AUAUAGUGAAUGCAGGGUCCGGGGGGGAGACCAGAUAUAGUGAAUGCAGGGUCCGGGGAGACCAGAUAUAGUGAAUGCAGGGUCCGGGGAGACCAGAUAUAGUGAAUGCAGGGUCCAGGGAGACCAGAUAUAGUGAAUGCAGGGGUCUGGGGAGACCGGAUAUAGUGAAUGCAGGGUCUGGGGAGACCGGAUAUAGUGAAUGCAGGGUUUGGGGAGACCGGAUAUAGUGAAUGCAGGGUCCGGGGAGACCAGAAUAGUGAAUGCAGGGUUUGGGGAGACCGGAUAUAGUGAAUGCAGGGUCCGGGGAGACCAGAUAUAGUGAAUGCAGGGUCCGGG